UUAUAAAGUUAAAGAUGAAAACCAAAAUAUACUGUCUGUAGCGGAAAGAAAGAGGAGGAGGACCUUGGAUGCUGUUAACAAAUAUAUGCAACUUUGCAUUUGCCAAAUUCAUUCUCCCUAUACCCCUUUCUGUAUAUUCAUAUGUUAGAUCAAAGACCAGGACCAGUAGAAUAUGAAUCAAAAUUGUUUGCUUCUUCUCCUUUUUCCCUUAUAGAAACACUGGUUUUCCUUAGAAAUUGAAAACCAUCUUCUCCAAAAACCAGAAAGCUUUCCUUUCUAGAAAAAAAAAAAAAAAAUGAAGUUUGUCAUUCUCUCUUCUCUAAUCCUUGUGUUCCUUGCUACAACCUGUUUUCAUUCUGUUUCUUCAAAUAAUCUCUCUCUCAUCAAAAGGCAAGCUUCAAUCCUUGUUUCACUAAAACAAUCUUUUGAGACUUUCAAUCCUUCAUUAGAUACCUGGAAUAUAUCAAACUACUGGUUUGUUUGCUCAUGGCAUGGUAUUAAAUGUGACACCAUGAACAGAUCAGUAGUUUCAUUAGACAUAUCCAAUUCCAACAUCUCUGGUUCCCUCUCGCCUGCAAUCGCAGAAGUUCGAACUCUUGUUAGUCUUUCCAUCAAUGAUAACGAGUUCUCGGGCAAUUUUCCUUCUGCCAUUCACAAGCUGCAGAGGCUUCAGUUCCUUAACAUAUCAAACAAUCAGUUCAAUGGGAGUUUGGACUGGGAAUUUUCUCGGCUAAAAGAGCUCAGAGUCCUGGAUGCUUAUAACAACAAUUUCAAUGCUUCCCUUCCUUUAGGUGUCACAGGACUCCCAAAGUUGGAGCACUUGAACUUUGGCGGGAAUUACUUCAAUGGGGAAAUCCCUCCAAGCUAUGGAAACAUGGUGCAGCUUAAAUACCUCUCACUUGCAGGAAAUGAUCUGAGUGGCUUUAUACCAAGUGAGCUUGGCAAUCUUACAAACCUGGAGCAACUUUAUUUGGGUUAUUACAAUGACUUUGAUGGUGGAAUUCCAAAGGAGUUUGGUAAGCUUAUCAACUUGUUCCAUUUAGACCUUGCUAGUUGUGGUCUGGAGGGUCCAAUACCACCAGAGCUGGGAAACCUCAAGAAGCUGGACACUCUCUUUCUGCAAACCAAUCAGCUCAGCGGCUUGGUUCCUCCUCAAUUGGGCAAUUUGAGCAGCUUGAAAUCGCUUGAUCUUUCGAACAAUGCAUUGACAGGGGAUAUCCCAAUUGAGUUCUCAGGACUCACCGAGCUUUCCCUCUUGAACUUUUUUAUCAACAGGUUUCAUGGGGAGAUUCCUCAUUUUAUUGCAGAGCUACCAAAGUUGGAAGUCCUCAAGCUUUGGCAAAAUAACUUCACCGGAACCAUUCCUUCGAAGCUUGGUGAAAAUGGUAGACUGACUGAGCUCGAUUUGUCAACCAACAAGCUCACUGGGGUGGUGCCUAAAUCUAUUUGCUUCGGAAGGAGAUUGAAGAUCUUGAUUCUGCUCAACAAUUUCUUGUUUGGGCCUCUUCCCGAGGAUCUGGGUCAGUGUGAUACUCUAAUAAGAGUAAGACUGGGGCAGAACUAUUUGAGUGGAUCAAUCCCUCAGGGGUUUCUUUACUUGCCUGAGCUUUUACUCAUGGAGUUGCAGAACAAUUAUCUAAGUGGAAAACUUCUACAAGAAGCAAGCAAGGUACCUUCAAAACUUAACCAGCUGAAUCUGUCAAACAAUCGAUUAUCUGGGUCACUUCCUUCCUCCAUUGGAAACUUCUCUAGCUUGCAGAUUCUUUUGCUGAGUGGGAACAGAUUCACUGGAGAAAUUCCAUCUGAGAUAGGUAAGUUGAAAAAUGUUUUGAAGCUGGACAUCAGUAAAAACAACAUUUCAGGCACAAUCCCUCCUGAAAUAGGCAGUUGUCCUUUGCUAACAUAUAUAGAUUUGAGCCAAAACCAACUCUCAGGCCCAAUUCCUGUUGAACUUGCUCAGAUUCACAUCUUAAACUAUCUCAACCUCUCUUGGAACAGAUUAAACCAGGGCCUUCCAAAGGAAUUUGGGUCCUUGAAAAGCUUGACUUCUGCAGAUUUUUCCCACAAUAACUUGUCUGGUUCAGUACCCGAAACCGGACAAUAUCUGUUCUUCAACUCAACAUCCUUUAUUGGCAAUCCUGAGCUCUGUGGCUACUCUGUCAAUCCAUGCAACGAUACUUCAACCUCUUCAACAGAGCAUGAUCACAACAAAAAUGGCAUUAAAUCUCAGGUUCCUGCAAAGUUCAAGCUCAUUUUCGCAUUGGGACUCUUAAUGUGUUCAUUCGUGUUUGCUACCUUGGCAAUCAUCAAGACCAGAAAGUCAAGAAAACAUACAAAUUCAUGGAAGCUCACAGCUUUCCAGAAACUAGAAUUUGGAAGCGAAGACAUCUUGGAAUGCAUAAAAGAUAACAAUGUGAUAGGGAGAGGAGGAGCUGGGAUCGUCUACAGAGGAACCAUGCCAAAUGGAGAGCAAAUAGCAGUAAAGAAGCUCUUGGGAAUAAACAAAGGCUCUUCUCAUCAUGAUAAUGGCCUGACCGCAGAAAUACAAACACUUGGUAAAAUCAGGCACAGGAACAUUGUUCGUCUUCUGGGAUUUUGUUCCAACAAGGAGACCAAUCUUCUGGUUUAUGAAUACAUGCAAAAUGGGAGUUUGGGUGAAGUUUUGCAUGGGAAAGGAGGUGGUUUUCUCAAAUGGGAAACCAGGUUGAACAUAGCCAUAGAAGCUGCCAAAGGUCUUUGUUAUUUGCACCAUGAUUGUUCUCCUCUGAUUCUGCACCGGGAUGUUAAAUCGAACAACAUUUUAUUGAACUCUGAUUAUGAGGCUCAUGUAGCAGAUUUCGGGCUCGCCAAGUUUCUGCAAGACACUGGAACAUCAGAGUGCAUGUCUGCCAUUGCUGGCUCAUAUGGCUAUAUUGCUCCAGAAUAUGCCUACACAUUGAAAGUGGACGAGAAGAGCGAUGUAUACAGCUUUGGUGUGGUACUGUUGGAGCUAAUAACAGGGAAAAGACCAGUGGGAGAGUUUGAAGAAGAUGGGUUGGACAUAGUUCAGUGGAGCAAAAACCACACAAACUCAAACAAAGAAGCGGUCGUGAAGAUCAUUGAUAAGCGUUUAAGCAACAUUCCAAUGAAUCAAGCAAUGCAGGUGUUCUUUGUGGCAAUGCUAUGUGUUCAAGAACACAGCGUGGAGAGACCCACCAUGAGAGAAGUUGUUCAAAUGCUUGCACAAGCCAAACAACCAAAUACCUUUCACAUGCAAUGAUCUAUAGUCAUGAUCACGCAUCUUUGGAUGAUCAAAUGGUCCAAAGUAAAGAAAUAUAUAUAUUUAUAUGAUAUGGUGCUCCUACUGUAGGACCCAAGAUAGAAGUGAAUGCAGUCUAUAAAGUACGUAUACCGCGCGCAGAUAUGCUUCUUUUUUACUAUCUGUUUUUGUUUUUUCUUUUUCACUGAAUUUUUUUUCUUUUUUCUUUUUUUUUUUAAUUAAAAAAAGGUUGUUGUAUUGGUAAAAUGCAAGAGGUGUUUUGCUCAAUGGCAAGCAUAGAUGCCAAUUCUAUGAGUUUUAACCCCUUUUUUUUUUGUUUCAAAUUCCUAGUUGUACUAUUGCAAAGAUGAUUUUGACUA